UGCGUAAUCUAAAUAAAAAAUAAAAAAUAAAAUUAUAAAAUACCAAAAUUAAAAAUAUCCAAAAAUAAACUAUAACGUAAAGCAAAACUAAAUUGAAAUAAGUAGCAGUGGAGUUUUAAGAGAAGUCGUGUGCAAAAUGUUUACCACUACGACGGUCUAAACUUCGGACAGCAUAUUUUAGCAACAAAAACUAAUCAAUAUCAGAAAAAACAAAUUCAAAAACGCGACAAAAGUUUCGAAAGGAUUCAAAAUCAGCCCAAACAGAUAAUCUAAAUAAAAACAGCACAUUCUAUCUUCGGCAUCACAAAUAUCAGAUCAAUAUCUGGAACACCACAGAAGAUAACGGAAUAAAGCAGACACCUUCUUUAAUUGUGACACAGUUUAGUCAUAGAAGGUCCACAACUACGAACAGGUCGACUGUCUGAUAUUCCAAAAACAUCAAAAAAUUUGCGAAAAUAUAUAUGCAAAAGAGAAGGUUUUAACUUCAGAUAUAAAAAUCCAGUUCUGGAUGGAAUGUACAGAUUUUUAGCAAAAACUAAAUAAAUCAAAUUAUAAACAGCAUAAAACGAAGAGAAUAAUUAAUAUAACCAUCAACUAAAAUUCAACGUUUAAGAAGAAAGGAAAUAAACCGCGAUAAUAAAAAAAAAUUGGUGUCAAAGCAAAACAUGAGAAACCCCUUGAAAACAGCAACAACAAAGACAGUCUUUAAGCACACAAAUCUAAAGAAUUGAAAGGUAAAGUGCUUCAACAUAAGAAGAACAUAAUGAGCACAUUAAAGGCAAAAUAUACGCCAACGGAGAAUAUAAUUUAAAUGAAGCUAAAAAUAGCAGUCCAAGUUCAAUAGAAAAGAAGAAGUCUAAAGCGAAAGCAUAUUGAAUGAAAAACAGCCAAAAUGAGCUUGCAAAAGCAAUAAAAAUUUAUAUUUGAUUUACAAGCUUGAAAACUACAUCGCGCAACUUUGCGCGAUCUCUUAACAUAUUUCAGCAUAACCUCAGCUAAACAAAAAGCAUUCAAAGUGAGGUUCAAUAACAAGCAACAACCACAAAACACUCCCUACUCGCACACCUCUCCCUCCAGCGACAUGGCGAUCAAUUUCUCCGCAUCAUUUGCGGCUUGCAUCGCCGCUGGACUGAAGGUGCCGCGUCAAAUAAUGUACUGCAUCACGCAGGACACUGGCCAGCCAUAUGUGCUGUAUAAGGACUCACAAGAUGGCGAGCGCAAUCCGGCUGCGAUUGCUGGUUCGGCCGCGCAAUGGGGCAGUGAAAUGUAUCCAGGUAUACAGCAACAGGCGCAGCAACAUUUGCAGGCGCAACAGCAACAGAAUGGACAAAAUCCGGCAGCGCAGAUAGCGAGCGCCGCGCAAGCAGCUGCCGCGGCGGUAGCGCAGCAUCAACAACAGCAGCAGCAGCAACAGCAGCAACAACAACAGGGUCAACAGCCACAUAGCCCGACCGGCGAUGUACGUGAAAAUGGCGGCGAUGGCGGUGGUGGUGUUGGACGGCAGCAGGGUUCGCCAUCCACAAGUCCGUAUCCGCCGCAGCAGCGCGUUAAUGGCGGUGGCCCACCCGAUGAUGAUGUCACCAUGAGCCAGGUCGCCAACCUGCAGGCCAGCCAACAACAGAACUCGGCGCCCAAUCCAAACCAAAGCAACAAUGAUCCGCAACAACACCAGUCGUCGGGUGGCGAUGCCGGCGCGGGGAACCCACAGCAACAACAUGUACAGAACGGUGGUCCGUCGCAACCGGGCCAGGGCAGCGAUAACUUCCAAGCGCCGCAGGGCGGUGAACUCGGCGGCUACUAUGCGCCACGCCAUCCCGCGCCACAGGGCGCUAUGCUGCCACCACCCGGCUUCCCUGCACUACACUAUCUCAAUAAACCAGUGCUGCCCGGCAUGGCAGGCGCCAUGGAACAGAACGGUGGUCUGGAGGCAUACGCUAUGCCCGAACUAUUGCCAGGCGCUGGCGGUGGUGGUGGGCCACAGGGUAACAAUGGGCAACAGAAUGGUGGCAAUGCACAUAACAGUGGUGCCAAUGGCAAUGGUGGCGCGGAAGGCGCGGCUGGUGCCAACGGGAGCGCAGGCAAUGGCAACGUUACCGCAACUGGCGCUGGUGGUACUGGUACGGGCACAGGUACCGGCACAGGCAGUGGUCGUGGUCGUCAUCCCAAUCCCAAUAAACCGCCAAAACCACACAGCGACUUACGUCUAUUCAAGUGUUUGACCUGCGGCAAGGAUUUCAAACAGAAGAGUACGCUACUUCAACAUGAUCGCAUCCAUACCGACGCUCGUCCAUAUCCAUGCUCGGAGUGUGGCAAACGAUUCCGACAGCAAUCGCAUCUAACACAACAUCUACGCAUACACGCCAAUGAGAAACCGUUCACAUGCGGCUAUUGUUCGCGCAGCUUCCGUCAGCGGGCGAUACUCAACCAACAUAUACGCAUCCAUUCGGGUGAGAAGCCCUACGCAUGCCCAGAGUGCGGCAAGCACUUUCGCCAGAAGGCCAUCCUCAAUCAACAUGUGCGCACCCACCAAGAUGUCUCACCGAAUCUUAUCUUCAAGAAUGGUCCACAUCCGACUCUUUGGCCACAGGAUGUUCCAUAUCCGGGUGAUGAGACUGACACAAAGAAUGAUAUAGCCAGCGGGAGCGGUUAUCAUGACGAGGAUUCACAGGGUACGCCUGACGGCAGCGGCGGUAUACAUUAUCCGUCAUAUUUUAAGGACAACAAAGGUAAUAAAAACUGGCAAAAGAUCUUGCCGGAUGUGCUGCAGCAUAUCGGUGUACGGCCAGCCAAUAUGCCACUCUACGUACGUUGUCCCAUCUGUGACAAGGAGUUCAAGCAGAAGACAACGCUUUUACAACACGGUUGCAUACACAUCGAGUCUCGUCCGUAUCCUUGUCCAGAAUGCGGUAAACGUUUCCGUCAACAAUCGCACCUAACGCAACACUUGCGAAUACAUACGAAUGAGAAACCGUUCGGUUGUUUGUAUUGUCCGCGGUUCUUCCGACAACGCACCAUAUUGAAUCAGCAUAUUCGUAUUCACACCGGCGAGAAGCCAUACAAAUGCGCGCAAUGUGGCAAAGACUUCCGACAGAAGGCCAUACUGGAUCAGCAUACACGCACGCACCAGGUAGGCGAUCGACCUUUCUGCUGCCCGAUGCCGAAUUGUCGACGUCGCUUUGCCACCGAAAACGAGGUGACCAAACACAUCGACAACCACAUGAAUCCGAAUACAACAAAGGCGCGUCGCCAAGCCAACGCGAACAAUCCGAACGCCGCUAAUGUCAACAAUCCGAAUGCCAACAGUCAUGCCGCCGCUGCAGCGGCAUCAGCUGCCGCAGCUGCAGCCGCCGCCAAUCAUCUGAUGAACGAAACUAAGAAUGCGGCACAAUUCCUCAAUAACAAUAAUCCAGCUACAGCUGGCGGCGACAAUAAAGCGAAUAUAUUACCACGCGCCAUGGCGGCUGUGCAAAAUGCGGCUGUACAACAGUCCGUGGUCAAGAAUGAGCUGUACUUCCCGCAGUGCUAUGGACCACCGUUCCAGCAGGCGUUCCAAACGCAGGGACAGCCCACCGCGGCGCAUAGUGGAGGAUCGUCCUCACAGCCGCCAGUAAAUGUGACGGUGCCGAAUUCGGUGGCGCCUGGUGUAGUAGUGCAACAAAACGCGCCCACAUCGGUGGUGGCCCAGUGACAUCCCACCACCACGACAGCAGCCGCAGCCGCAGCGGCAGCAGUGGCGGCAGCAGCGGCAGCUAAUAAUUUAGCAGCGCAGCAGGGUAGUGGUGGCGUCGGCGGCGGCGCAGGAGGUGGUGGAGUAGUGGUGCCAGCUUCGGCAAGUGCAACAAACAAUACCGCUGCGGCGC